AUGCAUGCAAUCCCUUCUUUCCAACUAACACGGAGCAAAGACACGCUCGUCCGCGCCCUCCCCAUCCUCAUCGGUGGCGCGUCACUCCUCGCCGUCCUCCUCAACCGUGUCGUUUCCGGCAUCGCCGCCGUCUCCGACGCCUCCAAUUCACAGUCGAGGGCCAACAUACUCACCUUGGCGCUCUUUGUAACUGAUAUCCUGGCCGGCCUUGUUUGGCUGUCAAUCCGCCCGAAAACCAUUUCUUCGGUCGCUCCUCGAGGUGUCGAUUGUAAGCGAGUACAUGAGGAUGUAUCAAGUUCUGCUCUUCGUGAACUACUUUGGACAUGGGAUUCCCUGAUGGUUGCAACUUGUUGCAAAAUUGGGGUUGCUGCUGCCUCUCCAGAAGAUGGUAAUGCUGUUGAUGUGGAUGCACAGAAGUUCAUGCAAGGUUCCCUUUACAAGAGUGCCAUGGAAUCCAAGAAACAAUCUUAUCUAGCAAAUCUUGCUUUGUAUCCUGGAAGGACUGAGCUACCAUUUCUGCCAAAUAACACACAGGCCCUAAUAUUGCAGCCAAUUGGUGAUAAAGGAAUUGCAGUUAUUGGUGGUGACACUACAAGGGCGUUCACUAAUCUUGAUAAGGCAUGGAUUGCUAUGAUUGCAGACAAGUUGGAUGCUACAUUGUCAAAGCCUUAA